AUGGCAGAGUUCCGCAAUGACGCUCGAUACGACAGGGACUCUGUCGACCAUGCCCCUUCGGAGGCCGACCUGGUGGGCGAUGGAACGCCCACAGAGUACAUCAUCGACGAUGCCAAAGUGCUCAAUCGCACCACGCGCAGCGAGCUGGGGUCUCGGCUGAAGAGCCUUGAGGAAGCAACGGGGUACAGGCUGGAGGUGGCAACCGUGAGGAAGCUGGAGGUGGAGCCAGAUGCAUUUGCGCUGGGUGACAAGCUUCUUGGCAAGUGGUAUGGGCAGCCGGACAAGCAGGGCAUCCUGCUCAUUGUCACCACCGGAAAGGACGGCGCGCUCACCGGCGGCCCUGCCUUUGUCAAGGCCGUCGGAGAGGACCUUGUGGACUCUGUGGUGGGCGAGAACAUUCCCAUCCUGACUGAGCAGGAGAAGUACAAUGCGACUGUGCUGUCCUCCGUGGAGCGCAUUGCUGCUCGGCUGGAGGGGAAGGAGGUGCCUGCCGCCCCCCAGCGUGCCGACACCGAGCGGCGUAGGACGUACAAGACCAAGGCGGAGACCGAGCAGAAGAAGCCGGUGACAUCCACCAUAGUGCUCACCCUCCUCGCCAUCUCAUUCGUGGUGCCCAUGCUGCAAUACUUUGGGUACACCAAUAAGGACUGA